AUGAUUGCUUGCGACAAUCUUGAGUGUGACAUCGCAUGGUUUCAUUACUAUUGCGUCGGGUUGACCGCGGAAACGAUUCCAGAAGAUUCCUGGUUUUGCGAUAGUUGUCGCACUGACAUGACAUUGAAUAACGAAUCUCAAGAAGCAGAGGUGGAUGUAUCGACCCAGGAACUUCCUGGCCCAAGCAAGACAGAUGAAGCAGCAGUGCAGUCUGAACCCAAGAGCAACCCAGCUAGUUCGAAAAAAGCCAGCAAGAGACGAGCAAAGGACAAUGCAGCACAGAAGGAACCAAAGAAGUCAAACAAAAAAGGUGUUCAGCGCCCUGUUGCCAAGUUCAGUCAAGAAGAUGCAAUCCGGAAAGCCAGUGUUUACGUCAGAGAUGGACUCCUAAACAUAAAAUCAGACCCAGUUUAUUCUGCCAGCUAUCCGAUUGCCUUGUGCAUCAUGGCACUGGUUACUAAUUUGUUAACUUUAGGACUUAUUGUAAGUGAUAGAAAUUCACAUGACAAACCAGAAAGAACUGUUAAUGUAAGUAAAAGUGAAAAAAUUUCCAAAGAAGAGGAACAAGUAUUGCGAUACGUUGCAGGGUAUAUCCCAUUUGCUUUAUACAAACGAUUUAAAAUGCACAAAAAUAAAGUAGCAGAAAUGUAUUGUAAACUUUUGUCUUCAUGGAAGGUCCCAAGCAGUUCAAACACAAAAACAUUCUUAGACUAUACUCACGAAUGGAUAAAGUUACAGAACCGUGGCGGAUUGUUUACUAUAAGUGAUGAACUGUAUAUAUUUUUUCGUACUAUAGAAAACGAAAGCAGAACUCUCCUGACCAAGGCAAAUCUAGAUCAAUUUCCGGGUGUUAACGUCAAGAGUUCCCUUUUUGACAAGAUCCUAGCCCAAAAUCGAGUACAUACAUACUGGUGUAGCCUAACUGAGGGUAAAAUUCAAGGAGAGUGUUCAAAGCUUUUGUUAGACAUCAUUGUCAAAUACUUCAUCAAAAUUAGGUGUAAGGCAUUUAUCAAGGUGUAUUUAGAUCUUAAAAAAUCAGCUCUGAAGCAAAAUUCCACUCAGAAAAAAGUUUCUAAAAAAGCUGAAAAGGCUUUACGCAAAGAAUUAGCGUCAUCCACCAAUAAUAAAGUAGAUGGAAGCGUUUAA